GAGGCAGACUAUUCCACUACCUUUCCACCUUUUCCACCUUUCCCUCCAUUGCACGCAUCCAUUCGAAUACUCGAGAGUUAUGAUAUUAAAUCUGCUAUUUGUUGUCGAGCUUUGGAAUUGUGGGAAGAAUUGAUAUAUGAUAUUGUCCAUGGUGGUUAUUUUUGGUUAAAUCCCUUCUCUUCAAAAGGUGAAAUAGUUGGUGCAUUCGGAUUAACAGAACCUAAUCAUGGAUCUGAUCCGGGAGGUAUGCAAACAUAUGCAGAUAAAAAAAAUGGAGUCUAUAUACUACACGGGUCAAAAACAUGGAUCACCAAUUCACCGAUUGCUGAUGUUUUUAUUAUCUGGGCCAAAUGUAAAGAGGAUCACAAGAUUCGUGGAUUUAUAUUAGAAAAGGGAAUGAAAGGAUUAUGGGCGCCAACAAUUAAAGGCAAACUAUCGCUUCGAGCAUCAAUUACUGGGAUGAUUAUGAUGGAUAAUGUAGAAGUUCCUGAAGAAAAUUUGUUACCCGAAGUGGAAGGUCUAAAAGGACCAUUUGGUUGUCUUAAUAAUGCACGAUAUGGAAUCCAAAUGGUUGUUGAUCCUGAAACUGAAGCCAAAGGUUUAGACGAAGGUGAAAUGGGUGAACUGGCUUAUUAUCAUGUUGAUCGUCUUGUCGCUAUUAACACUAGAACUGGCGAAACCAAAAGUAUUAAAGAAGAAACAAUCCAUCAACAAAAUGAUACCAAUGUAUCAAUAGUAUAA